CCACUCCGUUCAGUCUAGACGCGACUGUGCAGUCACUUGGUUCACGCACGACGAGAACCAGGCACCCUCCCAUCGUUAAAUCUGUUCUUUUUUUUUUUCUCUCCACGUCUGUGUGUGUGUGUGUGUGUAUAUACAUGUGUAUGAGUGAGUGUGUUGGCUUUUUGGAUGGUAACACAGCCCAGUCUGAAAAAAAAAAAGUUUUGGCGUUCAAGUUCCUUUUCGAUGCUAAUCACGAAACAUUUUUUGGUGCUCUUCCUGCUUAUGAUUUUCGAUUCUUGGGAAUCCAGAAAAAUCUGAAGAAGGAAUUUAACAAUCUCUACGACUUCGUGUCUUCAACGUUUCAACAGUCUAGGUGAUCGCUCUGGUUCAGGUCGACUUCCUCCUCUCUUUAGUUGGUAUCCGCUUCCUGCCCAUCCGGUUGCCGAGCGGCCGGAAAUGAAGAGGAAAGGAGCCUGAAAAAAAAGAGAGAUAGAAAGACCAUAAAACAAUUUACAAACGUACUGAAAGAACACUCGACUUAACUGAAGAUGAUGGCUCAAUCCAUUUGCUCCUAUUCAAAGAGAAAAUAAUUUCUCUCAAGAAACAAGAAAGCAAAAGGAUCAAAACAAAAAACGCUGUUUAUUAUUUGUGUUUGCUGGCCGACUUUCGGCUAUUCUUGCAACCGUUUCAAGAAGACUGUGGCACUUUCUGGGGGCGAUCUCCCAGAAUAGCGACCAAAGGGGAGGGGACAGGUUAAGGAGGAGUGGGAUCCCUGGAUCGUUCAUUCGUCCCGAUACCGAAAAUAACCCUCUGCUCAUCUUUACCUCUUGUGUCGUGUCUGUGUUGAUUCAUUCGUGCGUCUACCAUGAAGCAGCUCGUCUUUUCCACCAACUAUCCGGGUUAGAGUUUGCCCGUCCCUUACCGCCUCCCACCCGCCGACCGCUAUGGAAUUGAAAGUCUGGGUGGAGGGUAUCCAGCGCGUCGUGUGCGGCGUCUGCGACCGAACAACCUGCCAGGAUGUCGUCUACGCUUUGGCACACGCGACGGGCAAAACGGGCCGUUUCACCCUCAUCGAACGUUGGCGCAACAAUGAACGACUCCUGGCGCCCCACGAACACCCACUCAAGGUGCUGAUGAAAUGGGGGGAGUAUUCGUCCGAUGUGCAUUUCAUACUCCAGCGGACUGCGCUGGACGCGACGGCUAAUAGAAACGCGAUCCAGCAGAACAACAAGAACUCGACGGCCAGGCCGACCAAAACGUCUGUCGAUCCGCUUCAUGGAUUCACUCCGCCAAUGUCGUCGCAGCCGUCGCAUGUCCAAGGAGCCGCCGCAACGACGGCGGCGCCCUCACCGUCCAAAGAUCUGAAGAAAUCGCUGACGUUUAGCGGAGGCGUCGGCGGAGGUGGGUCGGGAUCGCCAGGCGAUCGGUCCAAACUUCCGCUGAACGUUGGCAUCGUUCGCGGGGUGCCUAAACGUCCGGAUAAUAACGGCGAAUCGAGCGAUCACAUCAGUCACAAUGGCCAUAAAUCAGCCUACACCAGCCCUACACCUCCGCCUUUGCAUCAUGUUCCUCAGACGUCGCACUACCGGGAAAAGGAUCAAUCGCCGUCGUCCAACGAAGGCCAACUCGUCUAUCCGAGAUAUGAUCCUCCGCUAUACGGAAGGGGCCGCCUUCCGGCCGAAUCUAACGGCUCUUCCAGCGAAGCGCAUUAUUCAAAUCCUCCGCAUCAGCAUUACUACUCUCAGCAACAGGAUUCGUCGCCACAAAAUGAUUCAGUCAGAUUCCCGCCGCCUUAUCGGAAUCCGCCUCCGCCUUUCGCCGGAGGUUCGAGACAGCCGCCUCCACCGCCAUACCGUGAACCACCACGUCCGUCCCCAAUGGGAGGAGGAGGCAGAGGUCCGUCGCCAUAUAGGUCCAGUCCAGCGCCUCCGAUGACGCCGUCGCCCGGCCGCAGUACGUCAACACCCCCGCGGCCAUCGCCCGUCCGCUACGAAAUGAGUGUCCAGCAAAGCGACGAAACUGUUCCUACUUCAAGUUUUGAUAGCAGAGAUGACCAGUCCCGACGUUCAAGACGCAAUCUCAGAUUGGAUUUGAGCGGUGCAAGAACGCCCAGUCCGCCGUCAGAUCCGCAGCAAGCUCAACUUAUUCAGCGAGUGAAUCGGCAACGCGGUGCGCUGGACGAGCAGCAGGAGAAAUUGAUUCAGCUGGAGCAGGAGCUUCUCAGCUGGGAGGAGAAGCUGCACCGGCAACUGGAUGAAGAACGUCAACAACUCAAUCGUGAACUAACGCAGUUGGAGGAUCGAUGUCGCCAGCAAGAGAGUCAAUUGUCUGAACUUUUUAAUGUUGAAGCCGAUUGGGAACAAGCCUGUCGCGAAGGCCAGGACCUGACGGAAGAGUUGGCUCGAUUGAAAUCUGACGUGUCGGCAUUGGAUUCGCAAUUGAACGAGUGCGAGCCAACCCUGAGGCUUUUGAGGGCGGAUGUUAACGAAGCCGAAGAGCAGUUAGUGAAGGAACUCGAAUCCGAAUUAGCCCGAGUUCGAUCCGAUCUCGACUCGGCCGGCCAGCAGGAGCACAAUAUGAACGAAGAAGAGCAAACCAUCGGCGAAGAACUGGCCCAAUCGGACACGAACGUACGUUCCUUACGUUCCCAAAUGGAUCAGCUGACGCAAGAGAUCAAACAAGCCAAUCUCCAGUCGCUCAGCAUUGCGCCCGCUGACGACUUGAAAAUCCUAUUGGAAGGCCAUAACAAGACGGGCCAUAGUCGACGUAUGCUGGGAUCGCCGCGCCAGCUGGAGAACCCCGUCCCAACCAAUAAGAAUCCUCACGGAGUCUGGGUUUGAUUGAAAGACAUCUUACGUAACUGUAUCUUCCCCUCCCCCCCCCACUACGCGUUAUGGUUUUCCUAUCUCUCCUUUUUCAUUUCCGCAUUCUUCUUUUUAUAAAAAGAAAAAAAAAGCAGCAAAACAAAUCUCAUUUUUCUUUUGCCUUCUGCAAAAAUCUUGUACAGGACGUAUUUGAGAAAUUCUGUUGGCUUUAGACACAACAUUAAAAGUUUGCCGUCGUCUGCUAGCUGCGCUUGAAUUGAUUGCAUAACGACAGCUUCAUUUUUCUUUGUGUCUUUCUUUUUUCACAGUCAAAAUUCUUUUUCCACGUUUUAUUUCAUUUCUUAUUUCUUCCCUUUAAUCUCCUUAAUUUUUUUAUAAGCACCAUAUCGUUGCUCUGUGCCUUUCAUUUUCUCGUUUAUUUUCUUUAGUGUGUCAUGUCAUUUGUGUACGUCAGUUUGUACUACUGUGUAGUUCCCUCCUCCUCCUUUUUUUGGUACGUGGCGUGUUUGUGCGUGUACAGUGUUGAAGCCAAAGAUUCCUCGCUACGAUUCUCCCACCUUCUGGCCCGUUGCGUUUCCUUCUCUCGUCAGUAGCCGGAAAUGGCAUAUUAUUAUUUUGCUCUGCACAGUACAAACACAAGAAAGAAAAAAAAAAAAAAGGAAAAGCCUUCACUCUUUAAUCAGAAGAAUCGUCGUAUUUGUCUCCAUCAUUUUUCCUCGCUGUCUCACCAGUGACUGACGGUUAACAAGCCAACGCUAGAUUUUC